ACCUGUCGAGCAGCUCUCACCUGCAGACUCUCACCUGUUCAAGAUGAGCCUUCCGGACCAAACACCUGAGAAGCUGAUUUCCUCGGCGGCUCCGUCGUCUGCUGUCGUGCAGCUCAAUGUCGGAGGUCACCUGUUCAGCACCACACUGAGCACGCUCAGAAGACACCCUGACUCCAAGCUGGCGGAGCUGUUAAACGGACAGAACAAAACAAGAAGCGACGCUCAGGGAACCUUCUUCAUCGACCGCAAUGGGUCACACUUUGGAGCUCUGCUGGAGUUCAUGAGAUCAGAGACUCUUCCAACGGAGAACAUCCAGGAGGUCCACCAGGAGGCGCUCUACUACAACAUCCCUGCUCUGAUCAAACGUCUGGAGGAGACGCCUCAGCUGUUUGGAGAGCUGGUUGGUCGGCAGCAGUUCUUAUCCAGAGUCCCACAUUACAAAGAGAACAUCGAGGUUCUGAUCCGUAUCGCUCGGGCCGAGGCCGUCGCCGCCCGGCGCUCCACCAUCAUGAUCUGUGUUCUGCCCAGCAAGGACGAUGUCGGUUUCUAUGACGACGCCAUCGGCAGCCUGGACGCAGACAAGGAGUCGGUGGUGACGUUCGGGCCAUGGACAGCGUCCCCGUCGGUCCGAGACCUGCUGGACUGUGUGAAGGUGGACAUCGAGAGUCGAGGCUACCGGGUCGACAUCCAGCCUCACGUCAUGGAGAGGAGCUUCAUGUCCAGGAGCUACGACUACUUCUACAACGUCACCUUCACCUGGUGGUGACGUCACGUCUACAAACACACCUUCAGACUCAGAGUUUGUCCACAACGACAGCAACGUGUCCUGGAUGACCCAAACUGAACACCGGGACUCAGGAUUCUCCAACGUGACCCAGCAUCUGCAUAAAGUCGCUUCACGUGUGUCCAAAACAACAAAUACAUACGAUGCAAUUCUUGGCACUUUUUCCUGACAAAUAACUUAAACAAUGAUCAAGUCCUGCUGGCAAACAGAACCAGGUGGGUCCACAAGGAAGUAUCUGUAAAACGGUCCUUUAAAGAACCUGUUUUCGUCUUUGCAGCUCUGUCCGU